AUGUCGUCCAAAUCGGGGUUGCAGAAUCCCAUCCUGCAUCCUCUCCUGUUCAUCUAUCAGGUUUUGCAGUACCUCAUCGCGAAAGCGCUGUCCCCCAAUCCGCCCAGGUCAAACAACGAGCUGGACAGGCCCAAAAUCGCCAUCAUUGGCGCUGGCAUCACAGGCAUCACAUCUGCGGCGCAUUGUGUUGGCCAUGGAUUCGAUGUUGUCAUUUUCGAACGGGGUACCGAGGACAGCGUCGGUGGCAUCUGGACAAAAGUGAACGACACGUCCGGGCUGCAGAUCCACAGUGUCAUGUAUCGCUUCCACCCUUCCGUUCAGUGGCAGCGUGGAUAUCCCGACAAGUCCCAGAUUCUGAAUGCGGUGCGCGAUCUCUGGAGGCGCUACGGUCUGCAGGACAAGACUAGGUUCAACUUCAAGGUGGACAAGACAUAUCAAGACGACAAGGGUCGGUGGAUCAUCAACAAUCCUUCCAACGGUCGCUUCGAGGGCCUCAUUGCUGCCGUGGGGACAUGUGGUGCCCCUAAGAAGCCGGGCAUGCAGGGCAUGGAGAAGUUCAAGGGACAGAUUGUCCAUUCGUCGGAGCUCGAUGGAAUCCAAGCAAAGGGAAAGAAGAUGGCCAUUAUUGGCGGUGGCGCCUCCGCAGUUGAGGCUCUCGAGUUCGCCGCCGCCAAAGGCACGGCCAAGACGUCCAUCCUGUCCCGGUCUGACAAAUGGAUCAUCCCGCGCAACAUUUUCGUCGACACUCUUCUGUCUCUCAACAUAUUCGGCCAGGAAACCACGUUGUCAUUCAUCCCCGAGUUUCUCCUGCGCAAGCUCUUCUACCGCGACCUCGAGUUCCUGGCGCCCAGUGACAAGGGCCUGUUCAUGGACACGCCAAUGGUGAACUCGGAUGUGAUGGAUAAGCUGCGUCAGGGACAAGCUGAAUGGAUACGAGGCGACAUUGUCCAGUUUGAAGAAAACGGCGUCACGGUCAACCGUCGGGCCAAGGGGGUACCCAAAGGAGGACCGGGUCACGAGACCUUGGUGGAAGCGGACAUUGUCGUGUUGGCCACGGGCUUCAGCCGCCCUUCUCUCUCGUUCCUGCCCGACGACGUCUUUGAGGAGCCGUACGAUCCCCCGAACUGGUACCUGCAGACCUUCCCACCUCAGCACCCCUCUGUCAGUGCCAUCAACUGCACGUAUGUCGCAGCGAUCGGCUCGGUGGGCAACUGGCACAUUGGCAUCUACACGCGCAUUCUGCUCAUGUUCCUCGUCGAUCCCCUCACGCGGCCGAGGGGCUUUUGGAUGCGGCGCUGGAUCGAUAUGACCAAGGUGCUCAAAAUGUCGAGUCCGACGGGGGCGUUCGACUUCUUCACAUACCUCGAACUCGUGUGGUGGUUUGUGUUCUGCGUGGCGUUCAACCCGUUCCGCUGGAAGUGGGCGUUGUUUGUGUUCUUUGGCGUGGGCAUGCAUCUGCCAGAAAAGAUUGUCGGAGCUGAGAAGUGGCUUCUCAAUGGAAGGGGGCACGAUGUCCGUGACAAGGGGGAGAGCCUGUGA